AUGUUGGAAAAGUAUCUCCUUCGAGAGGCUAGACGGGAUAAGGAAAGAUCUGUUGAAGAGCAGCAGAUAUUCUCGCGCAAAUUUGAUCUUCAUCAAUACUUUUCACCGGCUAGUAGGAACACUAAGAGAUUCAUUUAUUAUGAUCAUUCUACUGGGAUUUCUCAUGUUCAUGAUGCUAAUGAGAUGACGGGCGACAAAAAGAGUUUGGUGCUUGCUGUUGAUGGAGCUUGUCCUCAUAAUGGGAGCGAAUUGGCUAAGACUUCAUCCCUCGGGGUUUUCUUCGGACCACAUUCGCCAUUCAAUAUGUACGAAAAGAUAUCGAGAAAUGAUGGGGUUAAGCAUACCAACAACUAUGCAGAGCUCAUGGCAGCCUCCUUCGCGCUACACCUUAUCAAGAAUAGUUCUUUGUUCAAGGAAUGGAGAGCAAAUCAUGAAACAGGACUCACUGCUAUCAUUAUGACAGAUUCAUCAUAUGUGUACGACAUUUUCACCACAUGGAUUUGGAAGUGGCGUAAAAACGACUUCGAAGGCUCUAAUGGUCCCAUCGCUAACAAAGAAUUGGUUCAGAACAUUGAUAAGAUGAUUCAGAUCCUCAAGAAUCGCAAUAUCGAAGUUCGUUUUUGGAAGGUUCCGAGAGAAGACAAUGAAGAAGCAGACAGAUUAGCAAACGCAGUUUUCGCAAAUAAAUCUAUAAACAUACGGGGAGAUAUCAUCAGCCGGCCAUGUUCACUAAGUAGUUUAUACGCCCCCCACAGUAUUCAAGCAGAUAAUCCUUUACUAGAGCAUUUUGGACUACACCAUCUCAAGAACAAAUCUUUUGUGCCAUUGAUUGAACUCAUUCUGCCAUUGGUUCUCUCAGGACAAGACACCCAACAAAUUUUUCUGUCUUUGAUAGGUCCAAAUUGCGACGGAGGAUCCUUUUGGCUCGCGUGGAGCUUCAUUCGCUUGGCCUUGUAUCUCGUUUUAGAAAGCAAGUUUCACACUGCUGGCGAAAUCAUACCUGGAUCGUGGCAGCCCAUAGAAACAACCAGAUUCGAGUGUACUGCUUAUAGUAAUUCUUUUCCGAGGGAAUUUUCAACUGAUCGUACUACAACCAUGAAGCGAAUGAAAGAAGAAUGGCUAUACUUGAAUGAGGAGACAGUCAAUUCUCUCUUCAUGAUUAUGGAGAGGAUAAAGGACACAAUUCGUAGGGCACCCAUGAUAACCAUGGGUCCCUUCGUUGAGGCUACGACAGGGUAUGCGGAUGCUAUUGAUACAGAGCAUUGA